AUGUCUCUUGCAAGAGCCUUCACCACACAUCGCAAGAAGCCAUCCGGCUCUGAACCGCCGCCAUCGCCGUCGCGAGCAUUCAACAUGCGUUCCAAAGGAUUCGACCGAAACAAGAUCUCCGCGCCCGUCGCGCUGCUCUCGACAACGAACACGCUUGCUUACAACGCACCCGACAUUCAAACCCUCAAGACGCAGACCCGCAACAUCUCCAAUUCUUCCUCCGCCUCAACCGCCUCCGUGCAAAGUUCCGAUGAGUCGGACAGCCGCUCCACAUCCACACGAUCCGUCCGCUCAAGAGAAACCCUGACCGACGCCUCAUCCGUCGGCUCCUCACCCAGUUCUCCGCAACCCAACCACCUCUCCGAGUACUUCAAAUCCGCCAGCAAUUCGGGACAGGCUGGUCCCCGCCGUUCCGCAUCAUCAAGCAACCUUCGACCCCCGUCUUCGCGCCAGACGCAAGCUUCUCUCCACGCCGACACGCCCUCCGUUCCUGAGCGUGCCGCGUCGCACAGCAAGCGAGCGCACGAACGCCUCGCCCGACAACGUUCGCUGCAACAUGUCCGCGCCCACGGCAGCAUCGGCAGCAUCAACAGCAUCGCGAGCGCUGGCUCGGCGACCCCGGCGGUCCCUCAACCUAUGGCGCCCCGCGAGCAGCGCUCGAGUUUGGACAUGUUCAACCGCGCGGCCGUGGACGCGAGCCACCCGUUCGGAAAAGAGCUGGAGAAGUUGAGCGAGGUGGCGGAGGAAUUCGGGGACGCUAUGCGGUCGGCGGAGUGGGAUGAGGAUCUGGCGGUGAUGCGACGGAGGGGGUUGAAGCGGUUCUGUGCGGAGGAAUACCGGUUCGAGAUCCGGCCGUUGUUUGUUGCCGCGUUCCCUACCACGCCUCGGCAGGUGGCUGCUGGGGGCGCAUGGAUCUGA